ACCACUCUCACACAUGCAACACAUGCAGGAGGAGCGAGAGGCAGGAGCCAAACAAACAGACAACACAGCUGGUGUCUGCAGAGGGGUAAAGAGGUGAAGUGGCUUGCAACAAUAACAGCAGCAUCCAAGUGUGGAUUGCCUCUGGACAUACAUCAUUUUCUUUGUGCAUUCUUCCUCAUUACCCGUGCAAAAAGUAAGUGAUCUGCAAUCUUUUGGCUCCGAGGGGUGCAAAUGUUUUGAGGCAUUAAAGGGAUUAGGACAUAUUAGAGUGACAUUGGACAGUAUGGCAGGAGUAGCUAACCUGUGCCUCCCGGGCUGGGAUGAGUGGAAGACACAGAUGCUGGAGAAGAGGAGGAGGAGAUGGAGGGAGAGGGUGAGGGCAAGGGUGAGGGUGAGUCUUUGGGAUAAAGUGCAUGUGUGCAUUGAGGAGGAAGAUGAGGAGGAUGAUAUGGAGGAAGAGGAAGCAGAGGGCACAAGCAGUGAGGAAGAAAAAGUGAGCCAAGGUGAGGAAAAGGAAGAAGAAGGGAUAGUGAUGAGGGGAGCAGAGGAGAUGGAGGAUGGGGGAGAAAAUGACGUAGGUGGGGGGGGUAGGGAAGAUGGGGUGGGCAACAUGGAGGGGAUAGAAGCAGGUAGAAGGGUAGAUGUGGAGGAAGAACAAAAAGAGGAAGAAAAUGAGAUAGAGAGGGGGGUUAAAGAAGAUGACGAGGAUGACAGGGAGGUGAUUGAAGCAGAUGAAAGGGUAGACGUGGAAGAAGAAGAGAAAGAAGAAGAAAAUGGUGUGGUGAGGGAGGAAUCAGAGGAUCUGGGGGAAGAGGAGAGUGUGGUGGAAAGGGAGGUCAUAGAGAAUGGGGAGGUGGAGAAAGUGGAGGAACAGGAUGUGACAGGAGCAGAAGAAAUCGAGGAAGAGGAGGAGGAUAAAGAAAAUGAGUUUCAUAGGGAGAGGGAGGAAGCUGAGGAACUAGAAGGAGGAGAGGAAGAACGAGAAGAUGAGGUAGAGGAUGAAGUGGUUUCGGAAAGGCAGGUGAGGGGAGGAGAGCAGGUCGAGGAGGAAGAUGAUGGGGAAGAGGAGCAUCAGGAACAGGAGAAAACUGGACAAUAUCACCUUGCAGAACCAUUCAGAGAACAUAUGAGAAGAAUUGAGGAUGAAAACAUUUGGCAAAACCAAGAAGGUGCAAGGCGAGAACCAAAUACAAUCAAUGAAACUGGAAACGUGUCUGAUUCAGUGGAAUCCGAUUAUGAAGACUCUGACUUGACGGGAUCGGAGGAUGAAUUCUACAUCUUUGACAGAAUGAAUAAUGAAGAGAGAGCUGCUGAAAAACAAUAUCUUGAGGAACUGGAAGAUACUGAUGAUAAGUCAUGCAGAAAUGAAAAUAGCAUACUGGAAGCAUUGACUUCUGAGGAAAAAAAAGUUGAGAAAGAUAAAGGUGAGAAGUUGACAGAUGAGAAAGAAAUUAAAUCUCUGGCAACUCAAGAAGAAGAGCUUCAUGUUGAUCACAAAAAGCUUCAACAGGAAGAGGAAGAGUCUACAGAUGAGGAGGAUGCAGAACAUUCAACAGACGAGGAAGCAGGUGAGAACAAUGUGGUUAAGAUCUACUGCAAGGAUGAUUAUUGCAGGGAUGUAUUCCGCACCUUGACAGAGUUCAGGGACUCCUCCCUUCUCACUGACCUUACUUUGACAACGGAGGAUGGGCGGAGUUUCCAUGUACACUCCCCUGUCCUGGCUGCUGUCAGCUCCCAUAUCCGAGAAAGCAUUAUUCAAAGUAAUAAACACAGAUGCAAGGAUAGAGUUGAUGAAAGGAAAGAUACAAGUUCUGGAGUCCACUGGUGGUCAGUGUCUCUCGGUCCAGAGGUGGAUCAUAUUGGAUUAAAGGCAGUUGUGGAUUUUGCCUACACUGGACACAUACCAUGUUUGAACAUGAACACUUUGCACCAGAUAAAGGCAGCGGCUCAAAUGUUGGGUGCCCCCAGGGUGCUGGAUCUCUGUGAGGAGGAAGAGGAGGUGCCCCAAAAAACUGGAGGGCAGAAGAAAGAGGAAAGGAUCUCGGCUGCAGAUCAAAUGACGAUAAGUCUUCAGUCAAUCAAACAGCUGUGGGCGGACAGAGUGGGCUGUGAUGUCAUUCUGGAAGCUCUCGGAGGAUCGCUUCAUGUCCACAGAGUCAUUCUGGCAGUGUGCAGUGACUACUUCCGUGGCAUGUUCACCUUGGGGAUGAAAGAGUCCUAUCAGUCCUGCGUGACCCUUCCCUUCCUUUUGGCUUCAGAGCUGGAGGUUCUGAUUGAGUGCUCCUACAGCGGGGCUCUCCCCCUCAGCUGGAAGUAUGUCUUCGAGCUCACCAGCACCACUCUUCAGCUCCAGUACCAACCUGCCCUCUCCUUGUGCCUUGACUUCCUGCAUCAAGAAAUAAAUCCUCACUCCUGCCUGGAUGUUGCAUCUUUUGCUGAGGCCUACGAGAUGGAGCAGCUUCUUGAAGUUGCAGAUGAUUUUGUCCUGAGGCAAUUCCAAAAGGUUGCAUGCAUCCCAAAGUUCAAAGACCUGCCAGCCAAACAGCUCCUAAAGUACUUGAACAGUCGCUCGCUCUGUGUUCCAUCUGAGCUUGUUGUGUUCAAAGCAGUGGUGACAUGGAUCCAAGCAAGGCCCCAGGUAAGGAUGAAUCUUGCUAAAGACCUAAUGAAAACCAUCCACUUUCCGAUUAUGACGUUCAAGGAAUUCAAAGAGGUUCAAUCUUUACCCAUGUGGUCUGAUCACAGUCUGGCAGAGCUCUAUCAAGCAGUUUUUAAGGAUUUCUGUUCCAAUGAGACUCAGUGCCGGAUUUAUCUGCCAAAAGAGAGUCUGGUCUUGAUUGGAGGUGAACAGAUCUCUGAAGACCUGUGUAAGCGCAGCAUCAGCAGAGAACUCUGGUUUGGGAAUUCCCUAAGGAACCAUGGAGGGGUGAAAAAGGCCAUGGAGUGGAGGAAGUUGGGAGAUAUGCCAGAGGCAGAGAGGUUCAAUCAUGAGGUGGCUGUCCUCAACGGACAUCUAUAUGUGAUUGGAGGCAAGAAGUAUUAUGGCAUCCACGACACCUUGAAUUCUGUUUACAGGUAUGAUCCCCUUCAAAAUAGCUGGGAGAGUUUGGCUGACAUGCAGGAGAAGAGAGGGUCUUUCUCCGUGGUUGUGCUGGAUGGAAAGAUAUAUGCCAUCGGUGGAUAUUGUGACCCCGAGUAUAGAGAGAGUGUGGAACGAUACUGUCCCACUGAAAACUCUUGGAGCUUCGUGUGGCCUUUGGAUCUGCCUCUAGCCGCCCAUGUUGCAAAGGUUUUACAAGGGCAGAUCUUUGUCUCAGGAGGGUUGAGCAACAACAACCAACAUCUUGCAUCCAUGUUUCUGUACCACCCAGAAACAGGAAGCACUUAUCUGGCAAACAUGGCUAAACCUCGAGCUCGACACUGCAUGGAGACCCUGAGUGGAUGUCUUUAUGUAGCAGGGGGAAUCACCACUGGUGUUGACAUAAAUGUUGUCGACCAGCUGGCUUGUGAGGUGUACAAUCCAGUGGCCGACUCCUGGACGGCCUUCACAUCUCUGCCAGUGCCACAUGUAGGAGCAGGAAGUGUGGUUUUGGAAGGAAAGUUUUAUGUGCUGGGUGGAUACAGCCAGGAGGACUACAGUGACACUAAGCUGGUCCAUCGUUAUGAUCCCACCACACAGAAGUGGGAGAACAUGGGCAAGAUGCCAGGGCCGAACAAUGACAUACGAGCAUCUCUGCUGCAUUUGCCAUCACAUUUCAGAUUAUAAGACACGUGAGCAUCUCUGGUGUGUUUGCCAUCACAAUUCCAAUUAUAAGAAACGCAAGCAUCUCUGCUGUGUUUGCCAUCACAUUUCCGAUUGUAAGACACGCGAGCAUCUCUGCUGUGUUUACCAUCACAAUUCCAACUAUGAGACACGCGAGCAUCUGUGUUUGCCAUCACUUUUCUGAUUGUAAGACACACGAGCAUCUCUGCUGUGUUUGCCAUCACAUUUCUGAUUGUAAGACAUUGGAAGUGUUGUGCAUGAAUGUGCUAAAAUAAUAAUUUACGUAAACAGCAAUGGUGUAGUGGAGGGUAUAUGCAGGCACAUGGGGUUUACAGUAUACCCACCUCCCAGCCAAAAAGCCACUGGAUUAUAUAGGAGAGUUCAUUCAUUUCAUCCUUGAUAGUCUACCCAUCUAGACGUAGACUCACCUCAUUAACUGCCACUACACCACUGGUAAACAGUAAACUGAAUUUAACAGUUUGCAACUUAUGAACUUGAAUGUGAGCGUUGUUUGCUCUUGUAAUGGUUAACAAUGCUUUGUUUACAGAACCCGGGUACUAACAGCAACCAGCAUUGUGACAGAACAUUGGCAUUCCUAGUGCUAAUGGCACUUCAGACAAAGCGGCUACCAACAGAAAAAAAUCUCUAAUUUAUUUGCAAAUCAUGCCCACUGCCCAUUCGGCAACGAAUUUUAAACACAUGAAGUUGAAGCAUCCGACCAGUCUUGGGAAAUGUCUGAGUAAAUGAUGAUAAUCACAAGAUUUUAAUUUAAUUAAAACACACACAUCUUCCCUCCAGGAGCAGGAGUCCAGGAGUAACUUGCCGCUUUACCUUGAAUUAGUUAAGAAAACAUUGUUUUUCACAUAUGCCUCUAAUGAAUGAAGAAUUUAAAAAAGGCGAACAUUCUUCAUGAACUGGAGUCAUUUGGGACCAUGUUUAACAACAGAAAAACUACAAACCUUCUUCUGAGACGGUUUGUACUGGCGUGUUUAAAUUGUAAUGUUUUAUGCAAAUGCAUGUGUUUGAGAAGUCCAGAGCUUUCGACUGCAUAAAUGAGACUUGGAUUAUACUGCACAAGUUGUGUGAAAGUUUGUUAAAUCAUUUUUUUAAAAAGGUUCUUCUGUUGUUAAUCGUGACCCCCGCUUACUUCAUGAAGAAUGUUCACCUUUUCUCCGUUCACAGUGGAGGCAUGCAAGAAAAAGAAAGUUGAAUUCAAGGUAACACAGAUUUAGUAACUGAUAUACAAAUGGUCAGUUUGUGGGUGAAGUAUUUUUUUAAGGCAUGCAAAAGGUAGGCUAUCUAUUUUUGGUGUCCAAAAGGUGCUGUAAUGAAAUUGUUCAUGUUUUAGUUAGUCUUGGGAUGACUAACUGCAGUAAUAAACUGUGAACACAAGAUGCAGCUACUCCCCCUUGUUGUCAAAAUUUUAGUGUGAGGAUGGUGAACACUUUUGUCGCUGCAGAGGGAACAGAAAGCUGUGUUUAGUCACCUGAAACAGGAAGUAAGACCAUGUAAGAAGUUUAUCUUGGGUUUAUUGUUCUGAAGAAAGUUCUUGCACCCACAUUGUCAUUGAAAUUUAUUGAAAAUGAAAAACGUGGAGAUUUUUCAAUAAAAGUUUGAUAAAAAUCAA